CUCGCUUUUGGUCUCCUUCUUGCUUUUCUCUAGGAAGUACAUAGAAUUUAAACGAGGCAGAGAGAGAGAUUCAGACAUGGGCUAGUCUGCAUCUUUUGAUAAAGAAUCAUCUUCUUCCUAGGCUUUAGCUAUCUCUGCUUUUUUACGGUUACGGUUUUUGAGGUGAGACUAUGGAGAGUUACAUCCAUUUUGAAUUACUCUGGAUUCCCCACCGUCUAACCGUUGCCGCCGCCGCCGCCUCUACGAACAAGACUCCGAGCUUCACCAAUAUGCUCAACCAAUGGCAGACGACCACGACGAAGCUCACCACUUCCUCCACCCUCAACCACCGCCGCCUUCUUCAAUGAGGCACCGCGCUGCGUCAGACGAGAUAGUGGAGGUGCAAGGAGGUCACAUUGUACGGUCGACGGGGAGAAAAGACCGGCACAGCAAAGUCUGCACGGCCAAAGGGCCACGUGACCGGCGCGUGAGGCUGUCGGCUCACACGGCGAUUCAGUUCUACGACGUUCAAGACCGCCUUGGCUUCGACCGUCCGAGCAAAGCCGUUGACUGGCUGAUCAGAAAGGCUCAGACUUCCAUCGACGAGCUCGCUCAGCUUCCUCCGUGGAGUCCCGCCGACGCUAUUCGCAACGCGAAACCGAGAAGAACCGCCGCCAAAACUAAAAUCUCUCCGUCGCCGCCGCCGCCGCAACGGGAACAGCUUCAGUUCGGUGGUGCACGGUCCGGUGGAUUCGACGGAGCGGCGGAGCUUCCGAGUUUUCUUCCGCCGUCGACGGAUUCAGAGUCGUUUUUCCCGGUGGUUGGCUCCUCGACGGAAGCUCCUCCGAGUCAAGAUCUCCGUUUAUCGCUGCACUCGUUCCCGGAUGGUCCACCGUCGCUUCUCCACCGCCACCACUCAGCUCCCGAGCCUGUUCUGUUCUACGGACAGAGCAAUCCGUUUGGGUACGAUGGCUGGGAGCAACAGUCGAUUCAGAGACUGGUGGCUUGUAACGGCGGCGGAGCAACCGAUACAGGAAACGGAGGAGGAGGGUUUCUCUUUGCUCCUUCUCCGACGACGUCGUAUCAGCCAGUACUUGGCCAAAGUCAGCUUUGUUCUCAGAGGGGUUCCCUUCAGUCCAGUUACACGCCCAUGAUCCGUGCUUGGUUUGAUCCUCAUCACCAUCAGUCCAUCUCCACCGAGGAUCUCAGCCAUCAUAUUCCUCCGCCGGUGUUUGCCUCAGGUGAAUUCUCUUCCGGUUUUCGCGUGCCAGCACGGUUUCAGGGUCAAGAGGAGGAACAGCAGGACGGUCUAACCAACAAACCGUCCUCUGCUUCCUCUGUUUCUCGCCAUUGAUAACAAUCGAAACAAUGUCCUCCAGUUCCAGGGAACAGGAAAAUAAACCAUUCACAUUGAAAACUUGGCUUAGAUUGUUCUGAACAGGAAAGGUGUUCUCUCGGUUUGUAUACAAUGGCUAAAAGAAAAAGGCAAAGAAGGGAUGAGAGAGUAGAGGAAGAACAAACAAAUGUAGCUCACCAUUUCAGCUUCAUCUUCUUCCAAUAUCUUCACCUUGCCAAUUGUAAUUUUCAGAUUUUUUUUCACCAGUUAUACAACUCUCUGUAGCUCAAUUAUGGUUAGAUCCCAAGGUUUAUUCUUCUUGUGUUUUGUCUGAAAACCUUUUUUGUUGUGUGUUGUAUCAAUCAUCAUCCUUUUGAUACUGCAAUAGCCAGAUACUUGAGAAAUUGCCGUUCCUUGUUCUUAUUGUGUGCAACUCCAUUGAUGCUCUAAUCAUCUUUCUCUA